AUGAACGACUUGGAAGAUUCAAAACCGCCACAUAUAAUAUUCAUAAUGGCUGACGAUUUGGGUUGGAACGAUGUUGGUUAUCACGGAUCGGAUGAGAUACCCACUCCGAAUAUCGACGCCCUUGCCUACAACGGAAUAAUUCUCAACAGGUAUUACGUUUUACCCGUGUGCACACCGUCGAGAAGCGCUCUCAUGACCGGAAGACAUCCAAUACACAACGGUAUGCAACAUAGAGUGCUCUUCGGUGUCGAAACGAGAGGAUUACCACUCACCGAAAAACUCCUACCGGAAUAUUUGCAAAAAUUGGGAUAUUCAACUCACAUCGUCGGCAAAUGGCAUUUGGGAUUUUACAAAAAGGAAUACACUCCCCUGUACAGAGGAUUCGAAUCCCACAUCGGAUUUUGGACGGGUCAUCAGGAUUACUACGAUCACACGGCAGAAGAAGAAAGACUUUGGGGUUUGGAUAUGAGACACGGUAUGAAACCCGCUUGGUACCUACACGGCGAGUACUCCACUCACGUAUACACGAGAGAAUCUGUUAAAAUAAUCAAAAAUUACAAUUCGACGAAACCUUUAUUCCUAUACGUCGCACACGCUGCCGUGCACAGCGGAAAUAAAUACAAUCCACUUCCGGCUCCGGAUAAAACCGUUGACAAACUCGAUCACAUUCAAAAUUACAACAGGAGACGAUACGCCGCUAUGGUCAGCGAGUUGGACACGUCCGUCGGCAACAUAAUAUCCGCUUUGAAAGAUGCCAAUAUGUUAUCCAAUUCCAUUGUCAUAUUCAGCACGGACAAUGGCGGUCCCGCAAACGGUUUAAAUUAUAAUUACGCUUCCAAUUGGCCCAUGAGAGGAGUUAAAAAUACACUUUGGGAGGGUGGUGUCAGAGGAGUCGGCGUCGUGUGGAGCUCCAAAUUCAAACCGAAUUCCGGCGGAAGAGUAAGUAAUCGAAUGAUGCACAUUUGCGAUUGGUUACCCACUCUAUAUGCUGCUGCCGGAGGUGACGUCAGAGAUUUAGGCGAGAAUUUGGACGGUUACAAUAUGUGGAACUCAUUGCUCGAUGACCUUCCCUCGCCGAGAAACGAAAUCCUUCACAACAUUGACGACAUUUUUGGAAAUUCCGCUCUGACAAUGUCGCAAUGGAAAUUGGUCAAAGGUACGACGUACAACGGUUUCUACGACAGUUGGUUCGGACCCACGGGACGUAAUCCCGGUUAUUUUUACAACAUCGGACAAGUUUUGUCGUCUUUGUCGAACAAAGCGUUGUCGACGUUACAAACCGUUCCGUUGAAUCCGGAAUCGAUACGACGAAUAAGAGAAGAAGCAACCAUCGAUUGCGGCAAUCACCAAUUGAUAUCAUCCGAAUCCAGGUUUUCAAAUUGUAAUCCGUUAAAAGAAUCCUGUUUGUUCAACGUCGACGAGGAUCCUUGCGAAAUCGAUAACGUCGCCAAAAGUUUUCCACAAGUCGUCAAAGAAAUGGAGGAAAGAUUAUUGUACUGGAAUAGCACGGCGGUAAAACCUGCCAAAGUUAUAAACGAUCUACGUGGAAAUCCAAAAUUUUGGGGAUACGUUUGGACAAAUUUCGGGGAUUACAACUCUUAG